UUUAGCUUAGACAGGCCACAGGUGAAGACUCCAGCCAUGGCAAUUCUACCAGAGUCAGUGACACUUUUCCUAGUAUGCACCCUGGUUAUGAUGUGCGUGAAAAUCCUACUGGACCUGCCCAAAAAGAAGACAUACACAUUCCCCCCAGGACCCAGGCCUUUACCAAUAAUUGGGAGCAUGCACAUUCUGGAUAUUAUCAGGCAGGAUCACACUUUCAUGGAGCUCUCUGAGAAGUAUGGAGAAAUCUUCACAUUACACUUUGGACCCAAGAAGAUGGUAGUGAUCGCAGGGUACAAUGCUGUGAAGGAGGCCCUUGUCAACCAAGCUGAUGAUUUUGGAGAAAGAGCAGAUACACCACUUUUCAAACUCAUGAGUAAAGAAAAAGGUAUAGUAUUUAGUAAUGGAGAACCUUGGAAAGCCAUAAGAAGAUUUGCACUGUCGACCCUUCGAGACUUUGGAAUGGGGAAGAAAACAAUGGAAGCCAGAAUACAAGAUGAAUUAAUUCCUCUUAUAGAAAAAAUCAAGUCACACAAUGGGCAACCAUUUGACACAGACCUCAUAAUAAACAGAGCAGUGUCUAAUGUUAUCUGCUCUGUCAUUUUUGGAGAAAGGUUUGAUUAUGAAGAUCCAGUAUUUAAAAAACUUGUUCGAAUUAUUGGUGAAAAUGAGAAACUGGCAGGCUCACCUAAGUUAAUACUAUUCAACUUUUUUCCUCGCAUCUCAACCCUUCUUGGGUCACACAAAGAAAUUAUGCGGAAUAUAAAUGAACUCAUGGAGUUUGUUUCAAAGCGCAUCAAACAACAGAGACAAGAGUUUGAUACAAAUGCUAUCUCUGGAUUUAUUGAUGCGUACCUUAUGAAGCAGGCAUCAGGCAAAUCUGAAAUGUACUUUGAUGAUGAAAAUCUGGUGUACUCAGUGUUGGAUCUCUUUGCAGCUGGGACAGAAACAACAUCUACAACACUACGCUGGGGCAUUUUAUUGAUGAUGAAGUAUCCAGAAAUACAAAAAAAGAUACAAGAGGAAAUCCGGUCAAAUAUUAAACAAGGACAGAUGCCUUCAGUUGAAGAUCGGAGAAAUAUGCCUUAUACUGAAGCAGUGGUACAUGAAAUUCAGAGGUUUGCUAAUAUCGUUCCUUUAAAUGUGUCGCACAUGACUCCAAGUGAUGUGUAUUUCCGGGGUUACUGCAUCCCAAAGGGUACAGAGGUCAUUCCUUUUCUCACGUCUGUUUUGUAUGACAAGACUCAGUGGAAAACUCCUCACGAGUUUAAUCCAAAUCACUUUUUAGAUGCAGCUGGAAAAUUUGUAAAACAAGAUGCAUUUAUGCCCUUCUCUGCCGGAAGAAGAGCUUGUGUUGGAGAAAGUUUAGCCAAAAUGGAGCUUUUCCUAUUUUUUACCGGCCUUCUGCAAAGCUUCACUUUCUACCCACCUCCAGGAGUCUCCAGAGAAGAUAUAAGUCUCAAGCCUGGCACUGGAUUCAUUUUAUUUCCUUUACCACACUUAGUAUGUGCAAAGAUCAACUACUAGUCUGUCAGUAAGAAGCAAGAA